AUGGUUGCUGCAGCAUCAGCUAUUGUCCUCGUUCUCCUCCUCCUCGUCUCGGGGUGGGGCCAGGGGCGGUUCCAGAGCACCGGCCCAUUGAGGUGGCCCACAUCCCCCCGGGUCCUCGGCCUCAUUUUUCGCGCAGCCACCCCCACAGAAAUGCUCUCCUGGCUUCUGUUGGCCCUGUUCUUGGCCGGUCCGUUCGUUGCCGCCAUCGGCGAGCAGAACCAAGAGACCCAGCCAGGCUACCAAUGGGAGGACUUUGCGGCCCCGAUCAAGCGGUCUGGUGGUUUCAUGUUGGAAGACCCGUACCCGCAGAUGGCCAAGAGAAAGCAAUUCUAUGCAUGGGCUGGCAAGCGCUCCGGACCUAACACGUGGCAGGUCCCAACUUUCGAAAAGCGCCGCUUCUACGCAUGGGCUGGCAGAAAG